CUCCCACAUGGGACUCCUGGGCCCACACCACCAUCUCUCCUAUAUACAGUUCGAUCAUUACUUACCAUAUGCACACCUAAUCAAUUCAGUGCCUGUGAUCACCAUUGCUAGUUCAUGACAAUGGGUGACGCUUCAGCGUCAUACAUACACAUGGUGCAACAUCUUAUUGAAAAAUGUUUGAUAUUUCACAUGACAAAAGAAGAGUGCAUGGAAGCCCUUUCUAAGCAUGCAAACAUCAAACCAGUCAUCACCUCCACUGUGUGGAACGAGUUAGAGAAAGAGAACCGGGAGUUCUUUGAGUCCUACUCACAGUCUUUGUCUCAACCCUCAAGCGGGUCGGAUCGGAUGUCUGAGUCAGAGACGAGUAAGCUGAUCCAGAAGAUGAUAUCUGACCAUCAAGCAAAUGGUUCAGACAAGUAACAACCGUACAAAUAUAUAUAUAGUCUUUUAGUACACUUACUAGUUGCUUACAUGUACCUCUAGCUAGCCACCUAGCCACUUGACCGAUUUGUAUAUUCAAUUAAAAUAAUACAAUAAAAUAAAUUGUAAUGAUAAUACAUAA